UGCACAGGCUGGGCCGUCGGGCCACUGUUCUUAGGGGGUCCCAGGCGACGCGAGGGGGGGACACUGGCGCGAGCACCCGGAACGUAGUGGGGGCCCAGGCACUAGAGCCCCUAACACACAGGGCCUGGCCCCCGCCGCCCGUCUGGUGCCCGCGGUCCCUCGUCUGUCCCAUUCACCACCACCAACCCCGGCGACUAACAAAAGGCCCAACCCACAUCCCUCCAAGCCUUUUUUUCCCUCCACAUCAAGUAAAAAAAAAUAAACAACAAACACCCGUCCAUCCGCAACCUUCGCCAUCAUCAACGGCUUUCUUCCUCCUUUCAUCCCGUCUCUUCCAUUCACAAGGAAUACUCCGCUCCGUUCGACACUCCCACUUUUCCUUCUCUCCUGCUCUCCUCGCUUCCACGCCAAUCCUUGACGUAGCUGAACUUCGUCCUCGCCCUCGCCCUCGGCAUCGAAGGAUCAAUAGAUUUGCAUAUUUCCUAAGUGCAUUCACGCGACGAGACAGUCGGCAGCUCACUGUCUUCGACGACUCGCUAGAAUUUGAACCAGCUGAUACGCUGUCCGUUCUGUCCUGCGAUUGAUUCAGCUGGACCUUUGGUUCCAUCAUCGUGCACUUCCUGGUUGCGCAUCAACUCCAUCUCCGCACGUUUGACAGCAGAUUGCUACCUCUUCCUUAGCCCACUCACACUCUCAUCCUUAACAUCAGCUUCAUCGGAGUGUACGCGAACUACGAUUAACAUGGCAGCAGAGGUGGGAAGUGCUCCGGUCAACGGCUACCACGGCGCCUCCUACGGCGCUGCCGAUGGCCACAGCAAUCAGGCCAAUGUCUCCUCAGCGUCUCCCGCAGCUCCCGCGUCCACCGCAACCUCAUCUGCGACGCAGCAACAGCAGCAGUCCAGUCUGUCCAAGGAAGAGGUCGCAUGGUACUUUGUCGAAUCGUACUACAACACUAUGAGCCGUAGUCCUGAGAAGCUGCAUCUCUUCUUCAACAAGCGCUCACAGCUGGUUUCCGGCGUGGAGGAAGUCAAGAGCUCUAUCGCUGUUGGUCAGAAGGCUAUUAAGGAGCGCAUCGCCGAACUUGACUUCCAAGACUGCAAAGUCCGCGUCACAAAUGUCGACACGCAAGGCUCUGACACAAACAUUGUCAUCCAAGUUAUUGGCGAAAUGUCCAACAAGUCGCAGCCGCGCCGCAAAUUCGUCCAAACUUUCGUUCUCGCAGCCCAGACAAACGGCUAUUUUGUGCUCAACGACAUCUUUCGCUAUAUUGCCGAAGACGAGAGCGACGACGAAGCCGAGGCUGAGGCCGUCCAACAAAGCGUUGAGGAGACGGAGGGUACUCAGGAGCCGGUCCCAACCGCGGCUGAUUCAGGCUACAGUGCAGAGAAGGAGACGAUGAGAGGUGAAGCCGAGGUCAAGGAGGUGGAUAAGAAACUAGAAGAGGUCAAGCAUGAGGAAGAGUCCGAGUCUGCCGCAUCGGCUAGCGCAGUCAACGGCACGCCUGCGACUGCGGAAGCUGACGUUGCUGAGACUGAGGAGGCACCUGCUGCUGCGACUGCCACGCCCGAAUCCAAACCCAGCGUUGUGGAGAAUACGGUCGCAAAGGAUGACAUCGAGCAACCAGAAAAGCCACAAGACCCGUCACCCACACCGGCAACCGAGACCGCGGCGCCCGCCGCCGCCACACCCUCUGCACCCCCCAAGGCCGCGGUCCCACUUAGCUGGGCGCAGCGUGCGGCCGGACCUCAAGCUGCAAAAGCUGCUGUUCCGGCAGCUCGUCAGGCCCCGGCCGCCUCUACUAGCACACAGGCCAAGCCAAGUGCCUCAGCACCAGCGGCGCAGCCUGCACCUGCUGCUUCGUCGACGCCGGCGCGUGAAGCAUCCCCAGACAGUAAUAAGGAUGGCUCAACGGGAGGCUGGCAGACUGCCGGUGCGGAUCACAGCCGGAAGCAGUCUCGUGCACACAACGCCAACUCGCCCGCUACCGGUCAGGAUGGACGUGUCCGCGCGUUUGUUAAGAAUGUGACCGAAGACGUUGAUGCCGAUGCUCUGAAGCAGGUGCUUAGUCGCUACGGCGAAAUUGUUUACUUCGAUGUGGCUCGGCAGAAGAAGGCUGCUUUCGUCGAGUACAAGACUCUCGCAGGCUUCCAGGCUGCUGUUAGCGCGAACCCUCACCGGAUUGGCUCUGAGGAUAUCUGGGUUGAAGAGCGUCGUGUCUCGAACACUUCUUACAAUGCUCGAGGCGGUGCCCGUGGAGGAUCUCGCGGUGGCUCGUUUGAUGGCCGAGCUGGUAGCCAGGGCCGUGGCGACUACAAAGGUACGGGCUCGAGCCGGGGCAACUUCAGUGCACGCGGUGGCCGAGGCGGCAGCGGCAACGUCACCCCGAAGGGACGAGGGGGACAAGGUGCAUAAAAGGGUUGUGCUCGUUUGUAGCACAACCCGUUCUCUCCUACUCACCCUGCCCUCCUCACCCGACUUCCCACUUUCCGCCCCGAUAUCAUAGUCCGACUCACGGGGCUGCAUGCAAAUCUUGAAUCGGUAUGACAUGCAUUUUCUUUUCCCAAACUCGUACUGUCAUCACCAUCGAACCGUCGACGAUAGUUUCACCUGCACGCCAUGUCUAACAAGUUCUGGGAGAAUCACAACCUUCACCAAUGCUCAUCGUAUGAACCGGACAGAAAAAAAAGGGAAUGGCACUCUUUUCUUUCAGGAACACGUGUGUUUCUUUCCAGUCAGCCACGAGCGGAUCUAUUCAUUCACGGCUUUGCAUAGCGUUUGUGUUAACUUUACAUUUGGUUUCGUUUCUUUCCUCACGGCCGAGCUUGGAGUCGUGGGAUCCUCUCUGCGCCUGGCAGACCUCGAACCUGCCGCAGAUGGGUGUCUGCGACUACUCACGGGUACUCUCGUGAGCUAAUUGCUUUUUAUCAUUGUACAACUUUUUCAGAUUUCGGGGUUCCCCCCGGCUUUGCUUGUCCUUCGUGCGUGGCUCGUGGACGGAACUUGAGGAGAGGAUCGGGUACUUGCUAAACGAUGAAGAGGGAGAAAGUCGUGGUGGGAGAGAAACGCGAGCGGAGUUUGUAGGCAAAGGGACUGAAGAAAGAGGUGGGACACGUGCUUUAUUUCCCUCGAUGAGACAUGCGCGUAAUCUGUAAAACAUAAAAAGAGGCCCCGGAGGUCUUGCACGGUAUUCAAAAGAAGGGAAAAAAAAAGGAAAAAAGAAGCUCGUCUUUUCUUGCUUUUCGUCCAUUUUGUGACUGUGUAUGUAUUCAUGCGCGUUGGUGUGUAUGUAUCGGUUAGAGCGAGCGCGUGAGGAAGAACUGUAGCUUACCAUGUCACGACUGGCGAUGGAUGGUGAAAGGAGAGAAUGUAACACUAAUCGCAAUGGUUCGGCGAAUGGAUGCAUCUGGAGCUCUAUGCAAGUGGUGCUGGGACGCGUAAGUUCGAUUUGGCCCGAUGGGAUGUAGUGUUUGUGAAUUCAGUCGUGGUUUCAUAA